GCCAAUAUAAAUCUAUUGCAUGAAUUCCAAAAGAUCAAAGUCUCUUCCGGCGUGCAGUGAUGAUAGUGCACAACGUUAAACGUACCUGUCUGUCAUCUUUUGCGAUGUUGCGUACGACGAUCAACCAGGGUGUCCGAAAAUUCAGUGCCAACGCACCUUCCUCGGUAAAAUGCAACCGGCUGGAAGGAAAAGUCGCGAUCGUGACGGCAUCCACAGAGGGCAUAGGCUUGUCCAUAGCGAAACGCUUGGCGCAGGAAGGCGCCAAGGUAAUGAUCAGUAGCCGUAAGGAAUCGAACGUGAAGAGGGUCGUAGAGGAACUCAAGUCCGAGGGUUUGCAAGUCGCUGGUACCGUCUGCCACGUAGGAAAGGCGGAAGACAGGAAAAAUCUGCUUGAAAAGACCAAAGCCGACUUCGGAGGCUUGGAUAUUUUGGUGUCUAACGCAGCCGUUAAUCCAAUAGUCUGCCCAGUACUGGACUGCACCGAGGAAUUGUGGGAUAAGAUUUUCGACAUUAAUGUCAAGUCUACAUUCCUGCUGAUGAAGGAGUCCCUGCCGCUUCUCAAAUGCGGUAAAUCACCCUCCAUUAUCAUUGUAACUUCAAUCGCUGGAUAUCAGCCAUUUAACUUACUGGGUGUAUAUUCAAUCAGCAAGACUACUUUGUUAGGUCUAAUUAAAGCUACUACAAUCGAUCUUGUGAAUGAUGGGAUCCGUAUAAACGGCAUCGCGCCGGGAGUGAUAAAAACUAAAUUUUCAAAAGCGUUGUACGAGACGGAAGAGGCGCACGAAAUAACCAAAAUGAAUUGCAGCAUGCAAAGACUCGGGAUGCCAGAUGAGAUUGCAGGCGUAGCUGCAUUUCUAGCAAGCGACGAUGCUUCUUAUAUGACUGGCGAAACCAUAAUAGUGUCUGGUGGAACAAACUCAAGGCUCUAAAUCAUUUUGCAAUAACAUACUACUUUUUUUACAUUGCUUUUCUAACAUAUAUAUUUGCGCAUAAAUGGUGAGGGAAAAUUUUUUUAUGGAAUUGUUUUUAAAAGAUUGUAUAUACUUAUAUAAGUUUAUGUUAACUUGAUUAGUUACAUCAGUAUACAUGAAGAAAUUGUAAAAAGUAUGUAUUACGUGAAAAAGAAAUGUAAAGCACAAACUAACGAAGUUACAUAAACAAUUCUACGGCCGGUU